AUGGAGAGGAUUGAUACAAGAAAGAUGAAGGUGGAGGAAGAACUGACAGAAAACAUCGGGCUGCCCGUGAAUCUGCUGGAGAAACAUGACCCGUGGCCCGCCUACGUCACGUACACAUCCCCGAUGGUGAGACGGCUGAUUGAGAAGAGCAAGGCCCGGGAGCUGGAGUGCCGGCAAACGGCCGAGGAGAGCCGGCGGCCGAGCCGGCAGGGCAAGCCCCCCAGUGGCAUCCAGCUGAAAAGGAGGAAGUCCUCCAAGUCCUCGGGCAACACGCCGUUCAAGGACCACACGCUCUCGCUGUGGGGCCCUUUCUCCGUCUCGGCCGUGGGUGCCCCCGUGGUUCUAGAGCCCACCCACUUCCACACAGAUUCCAGGGCGAGUCCCACCGCCACCUGCAACAAGAUCAUCUUCUCCAGGAAGCCGGUGACAAGGAGGCUUCCAUACGGCUCGCUGCUGGCCAGCAGGGAGAAACGCCCCCACGUCUAA